AUGGAAGCUGAAAUUGAAGAGCUAAAAUUAAAAUUAAAAGAAUCAGAAUCAAAACAAGUGGCCAUUGCCCAGUUGGCGAAAGAGAUAUUGGAGAAGGAUAAAGAUAAAGAUCAACGCCUUUCUACGCUUGGUGAAGAAAAUCUUCAGCAAUCAAGAGAUAUCGCUCGGUUACAAGCAUUACUGAAAACUCGUGAUGAAUAUUUGGCUGAUGCUGAGAGUGAAAUAAUAAAACUUCGCAAUGAAAUUACCGAAAUAAAUGGUACUAAAAGCGCUUAUUUGGUCGAACUUGAACAAAAAAUAUCUUCUCUUCGUACAGAGAUAAAUGAAAAGAAUGACAUGCUAUUUGAACAAGAACAAGAAAUACAAGGAUUAAAAAAAACAUUGGCAUCGAAAGAGCGGGAAUUGGAAAAAGCAUCACAAAAACCUGAUGUUGCAAUCAUCCAAACAUCGAACACUUUUUCUGAUUCUGAACGAGAAAAGUUGAAUCAAAAAAUGGCGGAAUUGGAAUUGGAGAAGAAUUUGAUAUUGGAGGAGAUUUCGGAGCUACAAGAUAAAGUAGUUAUAGCUAAUCGAAAUUUGGACAAUGAAAGAAGCCAUGUUGAGGAGCUGUCAACGAUAUGUAAUGCUUACAAACAUGACGUUGAGGAAUUAAAAAAUCGAUGUAAUGAAUUAACUUCCGAAUUGAAUGAGUAUCGCAGUAAAACAAAGAUCGCAAAGAGAGGAAACUCAAUGUUUUUUGAGUUUGUUGAUGAAAGAGUUAAACUGGAAAAAGAUCUUCUGAAGCUCAAAUGCCAGAAUGAUUUUUUUGCUAGUCAGAAAGAAGCAUAUGAAUUGGAAUUAAACGAGCUUAGAAACGAAUUAAUGCUUGCAUUAACUUUGCGCGCUAACGAAGGAAAUACUGGCAGUGAUACAAGUAUGUUACAACUGGAGAUUUCUCGCUUACGUACUGAACUGACGACACUUAAUGCAAAAUUACUAGAGAAAUGCAAGGAGAGCACACAAGUUGAGACAGAGAAUGUUUCAAAUACUUCAAAGAUGAUUGAUAUGAGAGAAUAUGCCUUCAACAGUUUGAAAGAAGAGGUGAAAAUGUUGACUUUAAAAUUAGGCAGAGCGGAGAAAGAGCGUAUGGCAUACUUUGAUAAAGUUCGAGAAGCAGAGCAUCAAUAUUCGGAAGAGUGUAAGCGUUCUCGAAAGCUUUCAAACGAAAUUGACUGCUUAAAAAGACGACUUAUAUUGGAGCAAAAAAAGAGUUUUGAUAGUACUCUUUCUAAAGCGUUUAAGCCUUCAAAAGAAAUUCUGUCGAAAAAGAUUACUGAUUUCAAUGAAAAAAUUGCUAGUAUUAAUCAAAUUGAUAUGGAUGAUCCAACUAUCAGCGAAAUUCAGAGCUCAUUUACACUAUCGAGUUGCUCUCUCAGACGUCCAUCGGGAGAUGAAGAAAUUGCUACUGUUACAACUGGAACAGAAACAAUUCCUAUCGAAUCAACACCUGACACUGAUCAAAAUGAACCACCACAUUUAAAUGAACAAUCAAAUACGAAUGAUAAAGAAAUGCCUGUUAAGAAGCGAUUAAAAUUUCAGAUGCCAAAUGAAGGAUCUAAUCAUGAUAUGUGUCCGAAAAAACCAAAACCAAAAAGAAAAGUGAUGCGAAGGGUAUGUGAAGCUAGUAGCUUGUGA